AUGCUACAAGAAUAUGAUUUUAUUGAAAUACGGGACGUGGAUAAUGAAAUGCAGAUCUUCUGGGAAAACACUGUGGAAACAUUGCUCCACCUACAAUCACUUCAUCUGGCCCUUCGGUGUAUAUCAAAUUCACCUCAGAUUAUGGCCCGUCAAGGUGCUGGCUUCUCUCUGCGUUAUGAGAUCUACAAGACUGGCUCCGAAGAUUGUUCUAGAAACUUCACCAGUUCAAACGGCACCAUUGAAUCGCCAGGCUUCCCUGAUAAGUAUCCCCACAAUUUGGACUGCGCCUUCACCAUCAUGGCCAAGCCGAAAAUGGAGAUUGUCCUUCAGUUUUUAACGUUCGACCUCGAGCAUGACCUGCAAGUCGGGGAAGGAGAUUGUAAAUAUGAUUGGCUGGACAUCUGGGACGGUAUUCCUCAAGUUGGGCCCUUGAUUGGCAGGUACUGUGGCACUAAAACUCUUUCGGAGAUCCACUCAACUACCGGCAUCCUAUCACUCACAUUCCACACAGAUUGCGUGGCGAAAGAUGGCUUUUCUGCUCGCUAUUAUUUGGUCCAGCAGGAGGCGCCAGAGAAUUUCCAAGGCAACAGUCCACUGGGAAUGGAAUCUGGCCGGAUCUCCAAUGAGCAAAUCACAGCUUCCUCUACGUAUUCUUAUGAAUGGACUCCGCAACAGAGCCGGCUCAACAGUGAUGAUAAUGGGUGGACUCCUAAUGUGGAUAGCAACAAAGAGUUCCUGCAGGUGGAUCUCCGCUUUCUGACCGUGCUCACAGCCAUUGCUACUCAGGGCGCCAUUUCCAGAGAAACGCAAAAUGGGUACUACGUCCGUUCCUACAAACUGGAGGUCAGCACGAAUGGAGAAGACUGGAUGAUGUACCGGCACGGCAAAAAUCACAAAGUAUUUCAGGCCAACACGGAUGCUUCUGAAGUGGUUCUGAACAAAAUCCAUGCUCCAGUGCUGACUCGGUUUGUGCGGAUCCGUCCCCAGGUUUGGCACAGUGGAAUCGCCCUUCGACUGGAGCUGUACGGCUGCCGAAUUACAGAUUCACCCUGUUCCAGUAUGUUGGGGAUGCUUUCGGGACUUAUCCCCGACUCUCAGAUCUCAGCUUCUUCUACCAGAGAAUAUCACUGGGUUCCUAGCGUGGCACGCCUAGUCAGCAGCCGCUCAGGAUGGUUCCCACGCAUCCCUCAAGCCCAGCCUAGUGAGGAGUGGCUGCAGGUAGAUCUGGGCCUCCCGAAGAAUGUGAAAGGAGUGAUUAUCCAAGGAGCCCGAGGUGGGGACAGCAUCAACGUGGCGGAGGCCCGAGCUUUUGUGAAGAAGUUUAAAGUGGCCUACAGCAUGGAUGGGAAAGAGUGGCAUUCAAUACAAGAUCCCCGGACCAUGCAGCCGAAGAUAUUUGAAGGAAAUAUGCAUUACGACACCCCUGAAGUUAGAAGAUUUGAUCCUGUUCCUGCACAGUUCGUCAGAGUUUACCCAGAAAGGUGGUCUCCGGCAGGGAUCGGAAUGCGAUUAGAAGUUCUUGGAUGUGACUGGACUGAUGUGAAGUCCACUGCGGAGACACUGAAGCCCACAUUGAAGAGUGAGGAGAUGACCACUCAGUUUUCCACUGAUGAAGAAGCAACAGAUUGUGGCGAUGAUGGUUGCGUGGAGAACGGAGAUUUCCAGGUCCCAAUAGGAUUCAAUUGCAACUUCGACCUUCCUGAAGAUUUUUGUGGCUGGACACAUGACACAUCUACAGGAUUUACAUGGGCUUUUCAUUCUAGAAAUACAUGGACUAGCCACUUAGAACCAGGCAUCGGUGUUUACCCAGAUGGCAAGAGUUACUUGAGGUUGCAAAGCAGCGCGAGAAGAGAAGGACAACAUGCUCGGCUGAUCAGUCCCACCGUCUUCCUGCCCAGGAGUGUUGUGUGCCUGAUGUUUUGGUACCAGCUCUCUGGAGGGAGUGGGACUAUGCUGCAGGUGCGGCGGGAGGCAACGCAUGAAAAUAAACCACUGUGGAUCAUCAGAGAAGACCAAGGGGAGGAGUGGAGAGAAGGCCGGAUCCUUCUGCCUAGUUACGAUACAGAAUAUCAGAUUGUCUUUGAAGGCACCAUAAACAAUGGCCAUUCAGGAGACAUCGCCAUUGAUGACGUCCGGAUAGGCACUGAUACUUCUUUGGAGAACUGCAUGGAACCCAUUGCAGCUUUCCCUGGAGAACACACGUUUGAAAUUUCAGUGGAUUUCCCAGCAUUAGAGGAUGAGGUUUCAAUUCACAGGGAAGACUUUGGCGAAGACUCUGAAGAUGAUGCUACAAACCUGGACAGAAACCACACCACGCUUUCUACAAAUUCCCCGCGGACUCCACUGGUGGACACUGAGAAGAGCUGGCUAUACACCCUGGACCCUAUCCUGGUUACCAUCAUAGCCAUGAGUUCCCUAGGAGUCCUUCUAGGGGCAAUUUGUGCUGGGCUACUCCUGUACUGCACCUGUUACUACACUAGCCUCUCUUCCCGGAGCUCUACCACGCUGGAGAAUUACAACUUCGAGCUUUACGACGGCAUCAAACACAAGGUCAAAAUGAACCACCAAAAGUGUUGCUCCGAGGCAUGACUGAUUGCGCUGAAAUCACAUUUGACAUUUCAUUCCAGCAGCCCUGGCUGGGGAAGAUUACUUUUUCUAUGGGAACUGAAUGCCAUAAUUUUACACAAGCCCAUGCUGGGAUGCUGAAGGGGUGGGGAGGGGGUCGCUGCUGUUUAGAAGCAAAAGAAGAAGAAUAGAAAGCAGCAGCAGCAGGAAGAAAGUUGGAAGAGGAUUACGAGUUGUAAGAAAUGUGUAAGAAAAUCGCCCGUGCGGGAAGAACCGGGGAGGCUCAAACAAAGCAGCCGCCAUGCUCUCUGUUUUUAUUCCUUCUAGGAGCCAAUCGCAUCUGUAGAAGGCAAAACGAUCGGUUUUGAGGAAGCGAGGGACAAAAAUGCGUACAAUUAUUUGCCACUUCCUUCUACGGAUGAGAUUGCUAAAUGCCCUCCCCCCCUCCUCUCCUUCCCCUUUCUAGUCUUAGGAAUUAUAAUCUCACGCUUGCUCGCAACACACAGGUAACCCCCAUGCCCCCAGCCAGUAGAUCACCUGUCAGAAAUGGUGCAUUGAUGGGAAGGGACUGUCUCAGUGCUGUGGGUGGUGAAAGAACUCCAGGAAGCUGCAGCCGAUUCCAACACUCCCAUCUCCCCCACCCCACCGAUGAAACCGUGUGGCUCCCUUUCACUCAAAGGAGCGGCAGGGAUUGGGGAUGGAAGGGUGGAGGUUUCGUCUCCCGCGGACCAGCGGGGAAAAGCAGUAUUUUCUUCCUGGAUUUACCGAGCAAAAGAAAAGAGCGUGGUGUGAAAGUUGACAGAAGCACCUCCUCCAGAGAAGCUGAAGAGCCUUAAAAAGUGAUUUGCAGAAAAAAAAGAGCCAUUUAUUAAAUUCAGAUCUUGGACUGAAACAGCAGAGGCCUUCAUCACAAAGGGCUCUUCUCCUUUUUUUUGUCUUUCUGUCCCUCUUUUUUUUGUUAAUCUUUUUUUUUUAGUGUAAAAAACAUUGCCGCAAGCGAAAGACACAAUUCUAAGGUGCCCAAGAACUCAGGAGAUGGCUUUUUAUAUAUAUAUUUCAAGAGGAAGACAGGCUGCUAGGUAGAUAGAUAGAUAGAUAAAUAUAUUUUGUUAAUGCUGUGUCCACUCUGAUGGGGGGGAAAAAGAAGUAUUAAAAGGCCUCGUGGAGUAAAUGCAGUUAUUCAGCCCAUCACGCAGAGUGGCAAGGAUACCUCCAACUGGCAGAUAUGAUUUAAUGUCAUCA